CGCCCCUGAGAUGCCGGCAUGACGCAGGGGGGCUCCACGUCCAUACUGCUCGCCGCCACCCGCCCGGCGGCCCGGCCUCCUCCACCUGAGCCCCGUACAGUCUUUGCGACGCGUCAGCCCAUCCUUGCUCGCGCCGUCGUCUCUCACCGGCCGAGGUACGAGGUACGAGGAUUGAGGAGCAAAUAAAAAAGAGAGAGGGUUCAGUUAUCUUCUUCAGUUCUUCUCCCACUGGACAAGGGGGGACGCCAUAAAUAAUCACCCAACUUUUCAGAGGUCCGAUUCGUGCGAUCAGUAGUGCUUGCAGCGUCCUUUGUACAGAGUAUCUUCGGUUCGGAGUUCGUGGCCGGGAAUCCCAGGCGAAGAGGGGGGCUGUCCAGGUGGCUCGGUGUCAAGGUCUAUUGCUUCCAUGGGCGCAAGAUCCUGAAAUAAUUGUGGUAGAGAACCCUAAGCUUUCUUCCCCCAUUGAAAAUAUACUGGAUUAUUUGGUUGGGGAGGAAGACACCCACUCUACUAGUUCAUGGUUACCUCUACAGUGCUGCUUAGUGCUCACCAUUUCCAUAAGGAAGUAUAUCCUUACACACUAGUAGUCCACACCCUUUGCAAGAAUCUUGUAGUGUUCAUUUUUGUGAAGCUAAAGGUUGUGGAAUGUGGAUUGUUGAUGGAAGGAGCUUAGAUCAAGAAUGACAUGUCCUGGAUGGUCGUCGCCUCUGAAGAGUGGUAGUGGACUUCUUGGAUCAUAACAGCAGAGUGCAGAGAGCCGAAGUUUGAUAAGCAGUUGGCUAUUAGGCUCAGUGGUGUGCAUCCUACGGAGCUUUUGCUGAUCAUCGUUGUGUCUGCAACAUGAAUGCUGUGCGAAGUAUAGAAUCUCUGGCCGCUGGGGAUGGUCAGCAUAAUCUUUUCCGUACCCUUGGACCAACACUUCUGAUCUCGAUGGCAUAUAUUGACCUUGGAAAGUGGUUGGUGGCAGUGGAUGCUGGAUCUCGGUUUGGGUACGAUCUUGUGCUAAUGGUGUUGCUGUUCAAUUUCUCAGCCAUUUUAUGUCAAUAUCUGUCAACUUGUAUCGGCAUGGUCACAGGGAAAAAUCUUGCAGAGAUUUGCCGUCAGGAAUACAGUCAGGUGAUAUGUGUUGUUCUUGGUCUUCAGGCAUGGGUAUCGUUGUUAACCUCUGAACUAACCAUGAUUGCAGGCGUGGCAGUGGGGUUCAUCCUUGUGUUUGAACACGAUGAUCUUAUCACAGCCAUAUGUAUUGCAAGUGUUGUAGUUAAUCUGCUACCAUACACACUUUCCCGCCUGGAUACGAGGGUGGCUGGCAUGUUAAAUGCCUGCGUAGCUGGCUUUACACUUCUUUGUUUUGUCCUUGGUUUAUUAAUCAGUCAUCCCCAAACCCCUGUCAAUAUGGAUGUGAUGUUUCCCAAGUUGAGUGGUGAAAGUGCUUAUUCACUGAUGGCACUCCUUGGCGCAAAUAUAAUAGCGCACAGCUUUUAUACUCAAUCAUCAUUUGUUCAAGUUCAGAGAAGAUCUUCGGUUCUUACCCUUGGUUCCCUGUUUCACGACCACCUUUUCUCUAUAUUAUUUAUAUUUACGGGGAUUUUUCUUGUGAAUUAUAUUCUCCUAAGCUCAGCAGCAGAUGAAUCCAGUGCCACAAUGGUCAUGAACUUUCAAGAUGCUAUGGAGCUAAUGCACCAGAUAUUUACAAAUCCUGCAGCACCAAUUGUGUUAUUAGUGAUCCUUCUGUUUUCAAGCCACAUCAUCUCGUUGACAUGCAUUGUUAGUAGUGAUGUCAUUUCAGAGAACUUCUUUGGUAUAAAAUUGCCUCUGUCAGCACAUCAUCUGCUACCUAAGGGUUUUGCUAUGAUUCUUACUAUCUACUGUGCGAAGGUUGCUGGUCCUGGAGGGAUAUAUCAGUCACUUAUUAUGUGCCCAGUUAUCCAGGCUAUGCUUCUUCCUUCAUCCAUUAUACCCAUUUUUCGUGUUUCCUCGUCAAGAUUAUUGAUGGGAAGAUACAGAGUAUCUUUAUAUGUUGAAAUAUUGGCCUUCCUCGCGUUUCUUCUUGCACUGUUUACAAAUAUCAUUUUUGCAGCGGAAAUUUUGUUUGGUGAUAGCACUUGGACAAACAACCUGAAAGGAGACGCUGGAAGCCCUGUUAUACUUCCAUAUUCUGUCAUAGUCCUAAUUUCAUGCGCAUCAAUUGCAUUUACACUGUUCCUUGCUGUUACUCCACUAAAGUCAGCAAGUAAUGAAUCUUAGACUCGGUUGCUGUUGGUGCACUCACAAAGAAAAACAUCGGAUGUACUCCUUAUAGAGAAGCAAUUUCUCUGGAAAAAAAUUGGCAUGAAGUUUG